AUGACACCCAUCGGCGCGGCACUCUGGCGCAAUCUACGUGUCCAUCAAAUAUAUGGCGCGAAUACCGAUGUUGGCAAAACAAUUGCGUCGACGCUCCUGGUAAAGGCAUUAUCGGAGAAGAGCAAAGUGGGAUUUUUGAAGCCAGUGUCAACUGGCUCGUUGAAUGACGCGGACGAUAGGCAUGUGCGACAGUUCACAGUUGGCAACAAUAAUGUGUUGACGAAAUGUCUGUACCAGUUCGGAGAGCCAGUCAGUCCACAUAUUGCUGCGCAAUCUACACAGGUCAAUAAUGAGAUCCUAAGUUCCAUAUACAACAUACUAUUGUCCUGGUCUAGGGCCGGAUUGAAAAAUGCCCUUGUCGAGACCGCAGGAGGUGUCCACUCACCUGGUCCCAACGGAACAAGUCAGGCAGAUCUUUAUCGGCCUUUAAGGCUUCCCAUUGUCCUUGUGGCUGACUCUCGGCUUGGUGGUAUUUCGUCUUCAAUCUCCGCGUUCGAAUCAUUAUUGUUAAGAGGCUACGACGUUCAUUCCGUGCUUUUGUUUCAAGAUGAUUACUAUCAGAAUCACGAAUAUCUUGAUAUGUACUUCUCAAGGAGAGAUAUCCCACUUUUGGCUUUCCCAAAACCUCCAUCACGUCCUGAAGGGAACGUUACCCCUGACACUGAAACUCAGGACCAAGUGGCAAUGAAGGCCUAUUACGAAUCACUGGCACGUGGUUUAGAUCUUGAUUCCUUCCUCCAAAAAAUGGAACAAAAGUGCGAGCGGCGUAUUGAGAAUUUAGAAAAUAUGGCUGCGCGCGCAAACGAAGCUAUCUGGUACCCUUUUACACAGCACCAGGGAGUACGGCCAAGAGACAUAACAGUGAUUGAGUCCGCCUAUGGCGAUUAUUUCCAGACGUACAAGGCAUCGGCAGAUAUCGACCAAGACAAAGACGAUAAUGUGUUGCAGUCAACUUUCGAUGGUUCGGCCUCGUGGUGGACGCAAGGUUUGGGCCAUGGUAACCCAGAGCUAGCUCUUACAGCAGCACAUGCCGCGGGGAAGUACGGACAUGUCAUGUUUGCCGGGACGGUUCACAGACCGGCCUUGGAUCUUGCCGAACUACUUCUGGAAAGUUUUGGAAAUAGAAGAUUGCGAAAAGUAUUCUAUACUGAUAACGGUAGUACUGGAAUGGAAGUUGCCAUCAAGAUGGCUCUCCGGGCAUCUUGUGCACGAUAUGACUGGGACUCUUCCACAGAAGACAUCAAAAUCCUGGGGCUGAAGGGAAGUUACCAUGGCGACACCAUCGGUGUAAUGGACUGUUCGGAGCCCUCAACAUACAACAAAAAGGUCGAGUGGUAUCGUGGAAGAGGAUUUUGGUUCGACUUUCCAACCAUAGGAAUGAAGAAUGCCAGAUGGCACGUAACGGUCCCAGAAGUACUCGAACAAGAACUUGGUGUUGGCGAAGAUUUUGACUCAUUACAUGAGAUAUUUGAUAUUGAUAAGAGGCUUAGGUCUCCUUCAGGCCAGAGAUACACGAGAUUCAUUACGAAAACACUUGAUAGGCUGAUCAACGAGAAAGGAUUGAAGUUUGGUGCAUUGAUUAUGGAACCAAUUAUUUUAGGAGCCGGAGGGAUGCUCUUUGCCGAUCCUCUCUUCCAGCGAUGUCUGGUGGAUGUGGUGCGGUCACACUCUAACUCAUUUGGAACCAGUUCAGGGUCCGAGGAAACACCCACUAACUGGUCUGGAGUACCAGUUGUCUUCGAUGAAGUAUUCACAGGCUUAUACCGUCUCGGCCGACGGACAUCUGCUUCAUUCCUGGGCGUCGAUGCUGAUAUCUCCGUUCACGCAAAACUUCUGACUGGUGGUCUGAUUCCCCUGGCAGUAACACUGGCGAGUAAGGAAAUAUUCGACGCCUUCUUGAGCUGUGAGAAAAGCGAUGCCCUCCUUCAUGGCCACAGUUAUACCGCCCAUCCCAUCGGCUGUCACGUUGCCGAGACGUCGGUUAGGAUGAUGAUGGAUAUGGAGAAUCAGGGUGAUUGGGACCAUUUCCAAAAACAGUGGACUGCAACCACAAAACCGAACGAGAAGACAAGUCAAGGGGUAUGGAGUCACUGGUCGUUGGAACUUGUUCGAGAUUUGAGUCUCGCAGAAAAUGUAGAAAGCGUCUUUGCAAUUGGUAGCGUGUUUAGUAUUUCGUUGCUGGAUGAAUCUGGACAAACAGGAUACACAUCAACCGCAGCUAGAGGGCUUCAACAGAAACUCGCACUUGGUGCAAGCGGUACCUCGAGUUUCAAUGUGCACUCAAGAGUUCUUGGAAACGUGCUUUAUCUCAUGGCAAGCAUGAAAUCCACACCGGGAGAUCUAAGAGGGAUCGAAAUUUUACUGCGGAAUGCUCUACUACACUGAGGACCUGGGACGGGGAAAUAAGUUGAUCUUGAGAUAUGUUGACUAACUGGCAACUACAAGGAGCCACUAUUAAAGAACCCUAAACGGUAGUUCCGUGUACCUAUUGAACAUGCUUACCUUAGCUUGCUUGACAAAACAGUGACA